UUCUAUGCAAUGGAAUCAAAAGAACUUGAGGUUUCCUUCCCCUCAGACAGGCCAAUAAGUUCUUCUCUUCAUCUCUCCACAACCAGAUGGUGGUCUGAAGAUACGGUAGCUGUUGUGACUGGGGCAAACAAGGGCAUUGGUUUUGCAAUGGUUAAGAGACUGGCAGAGAUGGGACUAACAGUGAUCCUUACAUCCAGAGAUUUGUCUAAGGGUCAGCAGGCAGUUGAAUCACUUAGAGCUGAAGGACUUUAUGUAGAAUUCUCUCAGUUGGAUGUAUCAGACCCCGGUUCCAUCUACGCCUUUGUCUCAUGGCUGAACAAACAAUUUGGAGGGUUGGAUAUUCUUGUAAACAAUGCAGCUGUAUCCUUCAAUGACAUUGGGGAGAACUCAGUGGAGCAUGCUCUGACUGUAAUUAGGACCAACUUUUAUGGGCCCAAGUUGCUGACGGAGGCCCUUCUGCCACUGUUCCGUCGAUCGCCUUCCAUAAGCCGGAUACUGAACGUUAGCUCACAACUCGGUCUACUGAACAAGGUGAGAAAUCCUGCAGUAAGAGAGAGUUUGCAAGAAGAAGGGCUGUCAGAGGAUGGAAUCGAGAGAAUGUUGAGAGAGUUCCUUGAGAACGUGAAGAAGGGGACAUGGAUGGAGCAAGGGUGGCCUGAGAAAUGGACUGACUACUCUGUGUCUAAGCUUGCUCUGAAUGCGUAUUCCAGGCUUCAGGCAAAGCGUUACGAGGGACGUGGUUUAAGUGUGAAUUGCUUCUGUCCGGGCUUCACUAGAACAUCUAUGACACGUGGCAAGGGAUGUCACUCGGCUCAUGUGGCAGCCCACAUUGGAACUAGGAUCGCUCUUCUCCCACCUGAUGAACUCCCCACUGGAAAAUUCUUCAUUCAAUCCACCCCUUCUAUAUAUUCAAAGCUCUAGCGUUGUUCAAGAUAUAUAUAAUUAAUGUAGAUUGCUUGGCUUGAAGUGGGUCCUUAGUGUUUCAUUAUGGACAAAUUAAUUAAAGGGCCA